GAGAGCCGACGUGCCUGGGACUUGGUUCAACCGGAGCAGCCUCUCUUAUCACAUCCCAGCCAAUUUUGUGAAACGAUCCAUAUCGAUAUUGGAGUGAUACUAUCGUACAACAUGAAAAUCGAUAGCUCUGAGACCUCAGUACACCUCGAAAAUCUAGCUUCCAGCUCUCCGGCGCAAGAAUCACAACAAAAUGACGGAGUGUUGACAGAAUCCCCUCAAGACCCGCGAAACUGGUCACCAUGGAAGAAAAAUGUGCAAAUUUUGAUGGUUGCCUUCCAUUCAAUGAUGGGCACCUUCAUGGCAGCAGGAAUUAUCCCAGCCUACGAUGAAUUUGCCAAGCAAUACGGGGUGACAGUACCCGAUGCCAGUUAUCUCACCUCAUUUCAGAUUUUGUUACUGGGACUAUCCCCAUUCAUUUGGAAUCCCAUAACUGCUGUCUAUGGUCGAUACAACAUUAGCCUACUGUCAGUUUUGGGUAGCAUGGUAUGCAAUAUUGGAGGCGCACGUUGUACUACCUAUGGAGGUCAAAUGGCCACUCGAGUCCUAACAGCAUUUUUAAUCUCUCCUCCAAUUGGAAACGGCAGCGGUGUAGUGACGGAGUUAUGUGAGCCUGAAAAGCGAGCACAAAAGCUGGGUUGGUGGACUCUCAUGACUACAAUUGGCACUCCUGCAGGUCCGUUUUUGAUGGGAUUUGUGACCAAGCACAUCGGUGUCCAAUGGAUAUUUUGGAUUUUUGCUAUUUUGAAUUUUUUGCAAUUUAUUUUUUACCUGGCUCUAGGCGACGAAACAAUCUACAACCCCACCAAUGAGCGCCAUGAUAAUGGGCUUUUGAGCAGAAUGCGGCCUCGCCAGAUUUCAUCUCACUCAUUAUGCCUUGGAGACUUCGUGGCGCCAUUCUCUUUGGCAAAAUAUCCUCGUGUCUUGAUCGCAGCUUUUGCUCACGCUAUCACGUUCUGUUACGGGAAUAUUGCCUUGAUUGUUGAGAUGCCGAUUGCUUUUGGAGAAAAAUUUCAUUUUGACGCCCAACAAAUCGGGCUUCAGUUUAUUGCAAUCAUCAUUGGAUGCGUCUUGGGUGAGCAGGUCAGUGGACCGGCGUCUGACUGGCUUUUGAAGCGCAUGCACCAGAGAAGAGGCUAUUCACGUCCUGCGGAUCGUCUCUGGCUGUCUUAUAUUGCAUUUGGCACAAUAAUUGCGGGAUUGAUGACUUGGGGGUUUCAACUGCAGCAUGCCACCGUCUGGAAUGUUACUCCGUGUAUUGGUGCUGCAAUUGCUAGCUUUGGGAAUCAGAUGCAAACUACAAUUUUGACAACUUUUGCUGUCGAAAGCAAAAAGGAGCGAGCAGCUGAGGUGGGUGUGUUCGUUAACAUCUGCCGUCAAAUAUAUGGAUUUCUUGGACCCUUCUAUUUUCCCGAUAUGUUUGCGGCAUUAGGCCUAGGUGGAGCUGCUGGCGUGAUGGUAGCUAUCGUUGGGGCAUGCGCCGUGUUUCCUAUUAUCGCGAUUCAGUUCACCUCUUCUCGACUUGACAAACAUUAG